CCCAAGAGAACUCCUAGAAGCAAACGGCCAACAGCCAUACAGGUGCCUGCUGCCAACAACCAUACAGGCGUCAGCUCGGCCGCCAUCGCAGCAGGAAGUGGCUUUAACCAGGUCAGGCAUGCCGCGAGUUCGGCCAAGGCCUCGUCCAGUGCCUCGUCGCAGGAUGACCACCACUGUCAUCGCGCACCGUUCUCCAGAUCUGCAAAGUGGUGAAUGACUCGUCCCACGACGGGUACCGCUGGAGGCGCGAGUUGGCCGCUUGCAAGAAGAUCCCCACGCCGCAGUGCGGCAUCUCCGAGGCGGUGCCCAGCCCUGCGACCGAUUGCGGCGCGCCGGUGCAGAACGUGUUUUCCGAGCGCGGGGCGUCCUAUUGUCGACCACGUGGUGGGCUUGCAGCAGACCUCAUGUGUGGAGUUCGCAUGUCGGCCCGCCAGCUGAUCCCGCUGCUGUCGUUCCAUGCGUCUUGUUGGUACACGAUCACCGAGGUCAUGGUUUCCAACGCCCUGUGGCUGCGCGACAUCGAGUUCCUGAAGGCUCCCUUCGCCUUGUGGGCGAAGAUCAUUGCGUUCGCUGCGUCGCACAAGAAGGAACAGCAGGCGCCCGCGCUGGCGAGGGUCACGGGCGCCCAGGGCUCGGAUGUCUUUACCCACGCUGGCGUCGAGCCGCUUUCAACGAUAACUGCUCGAGUUGUGGCGGUCAACGUUCGCCAGUUGUGGGCUCGCGUUGAGUCCAACAGGCUUGGAGCCGAUGUGGACGAUUCGGCGGUCGACCAGAUCACGAAACACUGCAUCGAUCGGGCUUCCGAAGAGUUGGCGGCUGCGCUGCGACAAGUCGGAGGGGACGCCGAUGACACCGAGCAGGACGACGGCAUGUCUGAUUGAGCGGACCCCUUUUCAGAUCGUCCAUCGUGUUUUCCGUUCGAGGCACGACCGCCGCCCACAGUGCCCAAAAAAGAGAGCACAUGAACGAGUGGAAACGCAGUGGCGAGUAAGUUAGAG